AUGAGCAUGACCUCGUCUACUGCUCCACCUCGAACAGCUGCCGCCUGCAAGGGCGGCGCUCUUGCUCUUGAGUGGCGUAACAUCACGAUUGAGGUGGACGGAGGGAAAAAAAUCUUGGACAACGUUUCGGGGUUCCUACCCGCGGGCGAGACCCUCGCCAUCCUCGGUCCGUCCGGUUCGGGGAAAACCACGUUGUUGUCUCUUCUUGCGGGCGUUUUCCGGGAUGACGGAAAGAUGAAGAUCACCGGCGACAUCAUCGUCGGGAACGAGAUGGCCGAUAAGGAAGCGAAGUCCGAUAUCCUGAGUAAAAAUGUCCCCACACCAUAGUCAAGAUGGGGAAUCGGCUAGACAAAUCCACAAGUUUUGGCUGUUUUCUUGCAUCACUAUGUCGCUCCAGCGCCUGCGGAGGCUUGCCUCCAAAGCUAUGCUGGACAAUGGCAAUGUCGGUGCGGUUGUUUUAGCAUCACAAAUUUGCAUUCGUAGUGUAGUGCUGUUUGAGCUAGCUCAGCAGCAUGACAGACAGAGCAUACCAUGCUGAUUGCAGCAUGACAAAUUGCAAAACACGACUAGAAACUGCUUCUCAUGGGACUCCGCAUGAGAAACAUUCUCAGCAUGCCGAUUUGCAUUACAACUUUGGGGUGGGGACGUUUUUAAAUAGGAUAUCCGAUGCGAGGAUGCAUGCGUAUUCCAAGCACAUGAAUUACAUCCGCAUCGUGGAGCAGUACGACACGUUUCUCGGUUCCUCCACGGUCUGGGAUAUGCAUUGCAAAUAUGUCUCGGUCUGGAAAAAUGCCAGGUUUGUCAUGCUGUGCUAGCAUGACUGUCAAGUCUGUCAUGCAAGGUACCCAAAACUGCCACUUUUGUGUCAUGCAAAAACCCAGUUUCUCAUGCAGAAUAGGCAACACCUAGCGACUCAAAAACCUGUCAUGCUGAGCCGUCAUUUCUGGCGUUCUGUUGAUUCGCCAACCAGCAUCACAAGUUUCCAGACCCAGACAUAUUUGCAUUUCAUAUGGGAGCACAUGAUGCUAAACGCCAGCCUGCGCCUUUCCCAUUUGAAGUCCGACGAGGAACGGGAAGAGAAGGUCGUGAGAAUCCUGAGUCGGUUGCGGUUGCAAGGGUUCGAAACCGUAAAACUCCAGUCUUUGUCCGGCGGGCAGAAGAAGCGGCUGUCUGUCGCGGAGGAACUUUUGUCGAACCCCGCGAUCUUGUUUCUCGACGAGCCGACGUCUGGGCUGGACUCCACCGUCGCGCGGGAAGUGGUCGAAAUUUUCUACGAUACCAAGCACAUUGAUCAGUGCGGGGAGGCGCUAGCACGGAAGAUGUCGAUUCCAUCUGGACAAGAUGAUGGCGCAGCUGGUGCGACGAGUAGGACCUCCAAACAACGGACAAAAUCGGCAACAAGCAUGAGAUCUGGCACUGCUGGUGAGCCGACAAGCGCGACCUAUCUGUACGGCGAAAGCAUGAUGUACUCCCGGGAGCCCCGAUACGCGCAGUUUCAGUCCGGCGACAGUCGCAAGUCUGCCUCUUUCAUCGAGGAAGGCGGUUUGGAGCCGAAAUCCCUGACCGACCGUGCAUUCGACGAAAUUUAUGAAAAUGUCCAAAACGACGCCAGCGGACGAACCAGCGGCGCAGCGGGAAGAAUCGAUUUUCUUCCAGACGCACCGACCACCGCGUGGGAUCGUGCGCGCCAGCGCGUGGAGGUAGCGAAAAAACUGAAGAAUAAGAACGCUGAAGAAGAGGAUGAACAUUUGACGACGAUCAUCUACACCAUUCACCAAUAUCCUUUGCAAACGUAUAGCACUUGCAGUCAAUUGAAAUCAUGCGCCGUGAUAAAUCUGAGUCUCUACCUCUAGUACCUGGUCUAGCAUGACAAGUUGUGCUCUACUUUGUAGUCCUUGAAAAAAUUUGUAUAUAUGCAACUUUCGAUUAGUGCGUGUGCGAUAGUUUUGCAUUGCAUAACCAACCGUCUUCACUCAUCUGGUCCUGGUUCAAACAUUCCAUGUUUCUGUCCCAGGGAAAAACCAUUUAUUUCGGCCCCGGUAGUGAUGUGGUCGAUUACUUGGAGAAAAAUCUGAAAAACGUGACGUGCCCAAAGGGCUACAGCGCGUCCGAGUUCGUGUUAGACACGAUCAACGACAAGGAGGCCGUCGAUAAAAUCACAGAGGUCCGCACGCAAGAAAAUCAUUCGGCAAAAGAGAUCAACGCAAUCGCGGCGGAGGCUUUGGAACACAUGCGGCGAGACGGCCGCAGCGGAAAGAACAACAACAGCACUGAUGAUAAGGAGAAAGCCCUUUACGCCCCGUGGUCGACCCAGUACCGCGUUUUGUGGACCCGUUGUUUCCGCGACCGCUUGAGGGACGUGAAUAAGACGAGACUCACCGUGAUCGGGUCCGCGGUGAUGCUGCUCCUGCUUUCGCUGUGUUUCUGGCAGAACGGAGAAACACCGCAGCAGGCCGGGGCAAGGUCCGGAGCGAUGUUCAUUUUACUCACGUUUCCGAUCAUGAGCGAGGUUUUCAGCUACAUGAUCGGCAUCAUCCUCCUGCAGCCACAGAUUUGCCGCGAGUACAAGACGAAAAGGCUCUAUUACAUCGGUCCCUACUGGCUGGCGCAGCGCACCGGGACUAUCCUGUUCGACUACCUGCAGCUCGCGGUGUUGUACGUGACUUCACUCUACUGGACGAUCGGUUUCUUUCCGGAUUUUUCCCCGGUGAAGUAUUUCGAGUUGUUGGCGUACAUAUUGGUGACCCAGACUAUCGGCCACGGGUACGGGAUUCUCCUCGGAAACAUUGUGACCGAUCCGGGGAAGAUGCCUUUUCUCUCGUCGAUUAUGGUGCUGCCGUUCCUCUUCAUCAAUCCAGCGCUGGCACAGGGAUUGAAGAUCCCGCUCUAUUUGUGCUGGCUGAACUACAUUUCUCCCUUCUACUGGUCUUCGAAACUGCUCGUGUGGUGGGCCUGGAAGGACUUUGUGAUGCAGGAUUUGGAUCCGACUGCGGAGGAACUGACGACGUACGCGAACUACUGUGUGUACCAAGAUAACACCGGGCAAGUCUACACGUGCGACGUGAUUCACCAAAGCCACACCCUUAUCCCGGCCGCUGAUUGGUUUAACGAAGGCAAGCCGUUUCUCCGGUUAGAGGGGAAUAAACUCCUGCCCGCGCAGUUCAAGAUCGACCCAACGCAACCGUUCUGGGAGUUCUGGCUCGCGCUGAUCAUGUGCUUCGUGCUCAUCGUAGUGCACAACGCUUUGGCCUUUACGACCUUCGCGUUCCGGCACAAGUACACGUGCAGCUGCUCGGCGAUGUGCAGCAGCCGACGGAAAAAAUUUGCGAACGCGGGUCGGAAAAGGAAGCUUGCUGGCGGUAGUCUCGUUGGGGAGGCCGAAGUUGCGGGAGACGACGAUAAGAAACCACUUUUGCCAUGAGAUGUACGAGGGUGACGAGAAAAUCACAAAACAGCCCUCAACUGAUUUUUUUGAUGUAGUUGUGAUUUCGUCAUCGUCGAUAUCGCUUCUAGGCCUGCUACCGCCGCUUUAAAUUUAGAUUAGACCCUAGCACGUAGUAAUGUAUGAUAAACAUGAUGAUUUCAUUUUGGUUUUUGUUGUGUUGAUUGACUUUCACGCCAAGAUCGAUGCGUAUCCACGAUGGCGCACGAUGCGGGUGCAUCAUCCGCAGCUGCGUCAUGAUCUUGUUGUGAUGCGACAACGCAAUAGUGCUGCUGUAUUUUUUCGUACAACCCCAACCUUAACCUUUACCUUUCCCAUACUGAAAGCGUUUUCCAACCUAUUGGAGCCGCCCUAAAAUGUGAAUUUUGCGGGCACUCUCCAACAACUACAACUAGACGCAUUUCUGUUUCUUGAACUGAUUAAGCGAAAACCGGUUCCUCCAUGAUCUUCUUGGAACAGACAAGGAGCGAUGAAAUUCAUUGAAGAGAUAGAGACUUAUUUAUUUCUUUCAUAACUGUUGAAGCUCCGGCGAGACAUCCUCUACAUUUGUAGCAGUUGCUGGAAUUGCAAUUGAUAUCAUGACUGUCAUGGAGAACCUCCAGAAGAAGCGGUUGCGUUUGUUGAUUGGAACGUGGUAUAAUGGAGGAGGUGUUUCUUGCACGCGACCUUUGUUACUCACAAAAACCCUCUACGCACGAAGGGGCUCAACUUUUUAGUUUGUCCCUUUAUCCGAAAUGCUCUGCUUGGAAGCCCUGCUCCAACAAAUCGAAGCAACGAGGAAACUGUUUGGCUCCUGCUGAGCAUGGCCAAUUAA